AUGCCUCAAAGUGGUACAGGCGUUUCAGUAGAAGCGGUCGAUCCCAAAACUGUUGGAUAUGUUAAAGCAAACUGGAUGACCCUAAAUGGUGGUUGGCUGGUAUCACUCUCACCCUGGAUUUGGAUGUUGGCUUCCGUCAAAGGCAAAGUAGUUAUUGAUGCUUUUCGCCUGAUCAAUCCUCAAAUGCUUAUGCUAGGUCAAGAGCCACGUCAAACCACUUCCAAUAUUGGACAUCUUAAUAAACCAAGUAUUCAAGCUUUGAUCCAUGGAUUGAAUCGUCAUUAUUAUUAG